GAGAGGAGGAGACAGAUGCAUCCAGCAGCAGAUUAUAUUAGUAUUAUUGUUCUGAUAAUCCAGUCUGUAGGAAAUCUGUUCCAGUGUGGCAUAACUGAAGACUCCUCCACACAUGACUAAUCAUCACAUAUUCAGUCAGUGUUCUGUUAGAAUGUGGACUGUUUCCCCGACAACCUGACUCGGCUGCUCUCGGCUGCUCUCGGCUCUUUCCGUUCUCAUCGGUAUUCCUAAACUGUACGCGCGCUAUCGAUGCUGAAAAGGCGCCAUCAGUGUUCGCGCGCCUCAUAGAGCGAGAGACAGAGAUCCGCAGAGCUGGAGCGAUCUUCCCGCCACCGGACCGCCACAGGAGCCGAGAACAGUGAAUCAGACACUGCUGUACGGUAACCAGGUCGCCAUGCUGACCGUCUGAUUAGCCGUCUGUGUGUCUGUCUGGUGGAACUGACCGUUAUUCGGUGUGCUGGGCCGUUAUUCAGUGGAUGUAUGUCGACGCCUCCCGGUAUGAAAUGUCUGAACUAACAACGAUGAGGAAUCUGCUGCUAGUGUUUCUACUAACUGUCAUCUGCUUGAGGCGCAAGGCGCUCUGCGGUUCUCCCAGUGUUCAGAUCGGAGGGCUGUUCCCACGCGGUGCGGACCAGGAGUACAGUGCGUUCCGGAUUGGAAUGGUCCAGUAUGGAACCCAGGACUUCCGCCUCACUCCUCACAUAGACAACCUGGAGGUCGCCAACAGCUUCGCUGUCACCAACUGCUUUUGUUCCCAGUUCUCCAGGGGUGUGUAUGCCAUCUUUGGUUUCUAUGACAAGAAGAGUGUGAACACCAUCACGUCUUUCUGUGAGACCCUCCACGUGUCCUUCAUCACACCGUCCUUCCCUGCUGAUGGACUCAAUCAGUUUGUCCUUCAGAUGAGACCCGACAUCAAGGGACCUCUGGUCAGCUUAGUGGAGUAUUACAAGUGGGACAAGUUCGCCUACCUCUAUGACAGUGACAGGGGUCUGUCCACCCUGCAAGUGAUCCUGGAUACAGCAGCAGAGAGGAAGUGGGUUGUAACAGCCAUCAACGUGGGCAACCUGAAGGAUGAGAGGAAGGACGAGGCUUAUCGCUCCCUGUUCCAAGACCUGGAGAUACGGAAGGAGAGGAGAGUCAUUCUGGACUGUGAACAAGACAAGGUUAAAGACAUCAUGGACCAGGUCAUCACCAUUGGCCGACAUGUUAAAGGAUAUCAUUACAUCAUCGCUAACCUGGGCUUCAUUGAUGGUGACCUGUCUAAGAUCCAGUAUGGGGGAGCCAACGUGUCGGGGUUCCAGAUUGUUGACUUCGAGGAGCCACUCGUCUCCAAGUUCGACCAGAGAUGGGAAGCACUGGAGGAGAAAGAGUACCCUGGAGCUGACAGCAGGAUCAGGUACACAUCAGCUCUGACCUAUGAUGCGGUCCAGGUUAUGACUGAAGCGUUCCGGACGCUCACCAAGCAGCGGAUCGACUUCAGUCGUCGUGGCAAUAACGGGGACUGUCUGGCCAAUCCAGCAGUGCCCUGGUCUCAGGGGGUGGAGAUAGAACGCGCUCUCAAACAGGUGCGUGUGGAUGGGCUGACGGGUAAUAUCCAGUUUGACCAGUAUGGUAAAAGAGUCAACUACUCCGUCAACGUGAUGGAACUGAAGAACACUGGACCAGUUAAGAUUGGCUACUGGAAUGAAGUGGACAAGAUGGUGGUGACUAAACUAGACAUCUUCCCCAAUGACACUAAUGGGAUGGAGAACAAGACUGUUAUCGUCACAACUAUCCUGGAAGCCCCAUAUGUGAUGCUAAAGAAGAAUGCUGAGUUGUUCCUAGACAACGACCGUUAUGAAGGCUAUUGCGUCGACCUGGCAGCAGAGAUCGCUAAGCACUGUGGGAUACGCUACCAGCUAAGGAUUGUGGGAGAUGGAAAGUACGGAGCUCGAGACGCUGAAACCAAGAUCUGGAACGGGAUGGUUGGAGAGCUGGUGUACGGGAAAGCAGACAUAGCCGUAGCCCCUCUCACUAUCACCCUGGUCCGAGAGGAGGUGAUCGACUUCUCCAAGCCCUUCAUGUCUCUGGGCAUCUCCAUCAUGAUCAAGAAGCCCCAGAAGUCUAAACCCGGGGUGUUCUCCUUCCUGGACCCGCUGGCCUAUGAGAUCUGGAUGUGUAUAGUGUUUGCCUAUAUCGGUGUGAGCGUGGUGCUGUUCCUGGUGAGCCGGUUCAGCCCGUAUGAAUGGCACAUGGAGGAGUACGAGGAUGGCCAGUUGCCCACCAGCGAGUCCUCUAAUGAGUUUGGGAUCUUUAACUCUCUGUGGUUCUCUCUAGGAGCCUUUAUGCAGCAAGGCUGUGAUAUCUCCCCAAGGUCUCUAUCAGGGUAUAUAGUAGGUAGUGUGGUGGUGGUUCUGACUGUGUGGUUAUCUCCCCAGGUCUCUAUCAUCAGGGUAUAUAGUAGGUAGUGUGGUGGUGGUUCUGACUGUGUGGUUAUCUCCCCAGGUCUCUAUCAUCAGGGUAUAUAGUAGGUAGUGUGGUGGUGGUUCUGACUGUGUGGUUAUCUCCCCAGGUCUCUAUCAGGGUAUAUAGUAGGUAGUGUGGUGGUGGUUCUGACUGUGUGGUUAUCUCCCCAGGUCUCUAUCAUCAGGGUAUAUAGUAGGUAGUGUGGUGGUGGUUCUGACUGUGUGGUUAUCUCCCCAGGUCUCUAUCAUCAGGGUAUAUAGUAGGUAGUGUGGUGGUGGUUCUGACUGUGUGGUUAUCUCCCCAGGUCUCUAUCAUCAGGGUAUAUAGUAGGUAGUGUGGUGGUGGUUCUGACUGUGUGGUUAUCUCCCCAGGUCUCUAUCAGGGUAUAUAGUAGGUAGUGUGGUGGUGGUUCUGACUGUGUGGUUAUCUCCCCAGGUCUCUAUCAUCAGGGUAUAUAGUAGGUAGUGUGGUGGUGGUUCUGACUGUGUGGUUAUCUCCCCAGGUCUCUAUCAGGGUAUAUAGUAGGUAGUGUGGUGGUGGUUCUGACUGUGUGGUUAUCUCUCCAGGUCUCUAUCAUCAGGGUAUAUAGUAGGUAGUGUGGUGGUGGUUCUGACUGUGUGGUUAUCUCCCCAGGUCUCUAUCAUCAGGGUAUAUAGUAGGUAGUGUGGUGGUGGUUCUGACUGUGUGGUUAUCUCCCCAGGUCUCUAUCAUCAGGGUAUAUAGUAGGUAGUGUGGUGGUGGUUCUGACUGUGUGGUUAUCUCCCCAGGUCUCUAUCAUCAGGGUAUAUAGUAGGUAGUGUGGUGGUGGUUCUUACUGUGUGGUUAUCUCCCCAGGUCUCUAUCAUCAGGGUAUAUAGUAGGUAGUGUGGUGGUGGUUCUGACUGUGUGGUUAUCUCCCCAGGUCUCUAUCAUCAGGGUAUAUAGUAGGUAGUGUGGUGGUGGUUCUGACUGUGUGGUUAUCUCCCCAGGUCUCUAUCAUCAGGGUAUAUAGUAGGUAGUGUGGUGGUGGUUCUGACUGUGUGGUUAUCUCCCCAGGUCUCUAUCAUCAGGGUAUAUAGUAGGUAGUGUGGUGGUGGUUCUGACUGUGUGGUUAUCUCCCCAGGUCUCUAUCAUCAGGGUAUAUAGUAGGUAGUGUGGUGGUGGUUCUGACUGUGUGGUUAUCUCCCCAGGUCUCUAUCAUCAGGGUAUAUAGUAGGUAGUGUGGUGGUGGUUCUGACUGUGUGGUUAUCUCCCCAGGUCU